AUGAAUAAUACAAAAAUUACUAUGCCAGACUGGAAAAAUGGUUGGUUACGUUUUUCAAAUUUUAAGAAUAUAAUUGAAGUUCCAUUUAUCAUUUAUGCCGAUAUUGAAUCACUAUUAGAACCAAGAAACAACACAUAUUGUCCAGAUGGUGGUAAAAUGCCCAAAGGCACCUUUCAAAAGCACAUUGCAAACAGUAUUGGAUACUAUUUUCACUCUCGAUUUGAUCAAAAUCUGUCACACUAUAAAAGCUUUUCGGGUCCAGAUUGUAUAGAUCAAUUCAUUGAAAGCUUGCUAUUUUUAAUGGAGAAUGUUGUAUGGCCGAGAAUUCAUGUUAUCAAACCAAUGUCUUUGAACGAAGAAGAAGAAUGUGAUUUCCAGAAUGCUGAUUUAUGCCAUAUUUGCAAAAAAGAUUUCAACUUUAAAUGGGGUAAAUGGGAUAAAGUUCGCGAUCAUUGCCAUUUAACGGGAAAAUAUCGAGGGGCCUCUCAUUCAGAGUGCAAUUUAAAAUUUCAAAUAUCAAAAUCGAUUCCUGUUGUUUUCCAUAAUUUGGACUAUGAUUCACAUUUCCUAAUUGAAAAACUGGCAAAUGUUUUUCCUGGAAGAAUGAUAUUAAUCCCGAAAAAUAGUGAACACUACAUUUCAUUUUCGAAGGAGUUGCCUGAUUAUAAUGAAAAAUUCGAAAAUGGUGACGUCGAGAAGGAGGACAAUAAUAAUAAUGAUGACGCCCCUGGUUAUGAUGUACAUGUAAUAAAGCGUUAUCGUGAAAAAUUGAGGCUGCGUUUCAUUGAUUCAUAUAGGUUUUUACAAUGUUCUUUGGCAAAACUAGCGGAAUCUUUACCAUCAGAUAAAUUGAAUAUCACACGAAGGCAGUGGGCAAACUUAAGUGACUCAGAAUUCCAAUUGCUAACAAAGAAAGGAGUAUAUCCAUACGUUUAUAUUGAUUCAUGGGAUAAGCUCAAUGAAACACAACUGCCAGCGAAAGAACUCUUCUAUGAUGAUUUAAAUGAUUGCGAAAUAACCGAUGAGCAAUAUAACCACGCUCAGAACGUAUGGCAUACAUUUGGUAUUCAAACGUUAAGAGAAUAUACGGAUCAUUAUUUAAAAACAGAUAUUCUCUUAUUAGCCGAUAUAUUCGAAAAUUUUCGCGAUAAUUGCAUUAAUCUCUAUGAACUAGAUCCGGCACAUUACUACACUCUACCCGGCUACUCGUGGGAUUGUAUGUUGAAAUAUACCAACGUUGAAAUUGAGCUUCUCAAAGACAUUGAUCAACUAAUGUUUGUCGAACGAGGUCUUAGGGGAGGAAUUAGCCAGUGCUCGAAUCGUUAUUGUAAAGCAAACAAUAAAUAUAUUGGAGCAGACUAUAAUCCAGAAAAACCAUCAAAUUACCUAUUGUAUUUGGAUAUAAAUAACUUAUAUGGAUGGGCUAUGAGUCAGGCGCUUCCCUUAUCCCAAUUUAGAUGGAAUACCGACAUAUAUGCUAGUGUUGAUGUUUUCGAAAUCGAACUUAUGAAUAUGGCAGAUGAUGCGCCAUUUGGGUUCAUUCUUGAAGUUGAUCUGGAAUACCCACAAAAUUUACAUGAUCAACAUAACGAUUACCCCUUUUGUUGUGAACACAUGAACGUGGUGAAAAAUGAAAAGAAGGUGCUAGACCCUGGUGAUGAAAAGAGAUUCAUUGUUCCAAACACAUAUAAUACUCUAGCAUGGGGUCACUACAAGAUUGAUUUAUUUAAAGACAUCCAAAGCGAAUAA